GGUGAGUCCUCAGGGGAUGCCAUGUCCCCGCCCCGCUGUCCCCAGCCCCGUGGUGGCCCUGGCAGGCUGGUGUCCCCUGUCACCUGCAGGUACCCAGACCACCCAGCUCCUGGUGGAGCCCCCCUGGAUCCCGGCGGUGUUGUGGGACCGGGUGACACUGACCUGCCAGGGCUCGGGGACCACCGGUGCCACCUCCUGGUACAAGGGCAGGUGGCUCUGGUGGCAGAAGGGACCUGAUCACUUCGUUGUCACCGAGAGUGGCACCUACCGGUGUGGCAGACCUGGCACUGGACUCAGCCCACCCGUGAGGGUGUUAAAUGCUGCACCACAGUGACCACUACCGCUGUGGGGGCUGGGUGAACUCUGGGCCAUCACCGUGGUGGGAGAUGUCAGCGCCGGUGACAGUGACAGUGACAGUACAUGUGCCCGUGGCCAAUGCCACCAUCACCCCCGGUCCCCCGGCACUCCAGGUGUGCCCAGGUGACCCCGUGACCCUGCGCUGCUCGGUGCAGGUGGGCUCAGCCCCUGUCACCUUCACCUGGCUGCACAACGGGCACGAGGUGGCCCGGGGUCCCCUCCUGGAGCUUGGGGCCGUCCAUGUGGGACAUUCGGGCACCUACCAGUGCGUGGCCACCAACCAGCUGGGACAGGACGGGCACCGCGUGUUCCGGGCACUCAGCCCAGAGCUGGCCCUGGAGGUGACACCACAGGGAACCACUGGACACCUCUGGAACACAGUGGCUGUGAAUGUCGGCAGGACCCUCCUGUACCUGCUCCUGCUCCUGGCUGUCAUCGGGGGCUGUCGCUGGUGGCACCGCCGGGGAAGCCCCGCACCCCACAGACCCUCUCUUAUCCUUGCAGGCCUCUCCAGGAGCCCUCGGCCCCCUGCAGGAGGGGGCAGUGCUGGACCCCCAUGUUGGUCCCCAAGUGUCCCCCCCGAGGUCCCCCAGGUCACCUACGCGGAGCUGCCGGGACAGCGGUGGCGCCCAGGGGACUGCGGUGACUACGAGAACGUGCUGUGA